AGCAUCUCCGGCCACCUCCUCAACCACACACACUCGCACGCGGACGCCGUCGGCACAGACUCGCGCUGCACCGCUCUCACGGCCCUCGUCGCCUGGCAGCUCGAGCACGCCAGCCAGGCCGGCCGCUCGGCCCCCUCCUUUGUCCGCCUAUCGCGACUGGCCGGCGCAUCGCCGUCCCGCACGCCAGCCCGCCAUGCUCGGCCUGGCGCAGCUGCCGACGGAGCUGCAGCUCGAGGUUGUGGCGCACGCUGCCGCCGCCGACCGGCAGCAGGCGCUGCUGCUGACGCGCGUCUCGCGGCGCGUGCGGCGGGCCGCGCUGCCGGCGCUCUAUGGGCGCGUGCACCUCGUGCACGGCGACGGCGUGGCGCUCUUCCUGCGCUCGCUCGCGGGCAACGCCAGCCUCGAGCCGCUGGUACGCGAGCUCGCGCUCGAGGACCGCUCGCGCGGCGGCCUGGCCUCGUGGAGCGACGCGCCGGCGCCCGACGUGCUGGAGCGCGGCACCGUCGAGGAGCGCAAGCAGUGCGCCGCCUGGCUCGCCUUUGCCGCGCUGCUGCGCCGUCUGGCAGCGCGCGGGCAGCUGCGCUCGCUAGCGCUCUCCAGCACAGCGCUCGUGCGUCUGCUGACGACGUUCCCUGAGGCACCGAGCCCGGCCUCGGUGCUCUCGGCCGAGGUGGCCUCGCCCUGCCCGCUGCAGCACCUGGCGCUCUCCGGCGCAGACGCGGUGCAGCCGCAGGUCCUGCGGCUCUUCGCGCCCGAGGCGCUCACCAUCUAUGGCUGCCACUGCGUGUGGAGCCAGCCGGCAGCAUGGCAGAGCCUGCUUGCCGCCGCUGGUGCAGCAGACGGACCUGGCUCCACGCGAGGACCGACGGCAGUGCAGCUCGUGCUCAGCACGCUGCCCGCGCUCGACUUCUUCCUGCCGGCGCUGCUGUCCAUCACGCCCUUCAUGCCGGCGACGACGGUGCUGAGCGUGCGCGACGGCAACGACCGCAAGACGCUGCGCAAGAUGCUCCAGGCGGCGCGGGCGCUGCAGACGAUGCCGCCCGGCGCGUGGGAGGUGCGCCGCUGGCACACGGGCGUCCGCACCUCGCACACAGCGGCCGAGCGUGCAGACUGGCUCAGCGGCGCGUGCUUUGCCGAGCCGGAGGACCUCUCUGCGAGCGCGAGACCCGACGCGGGCUCUUGCGCGUGUCCCACACGAAGCUCCGGUGCAGGAGCCGAAUCGUCUGCCGUAGCACAGGCUGUAGCAAUCGCCGACGCAGCUUCACCACCACGAGGCUCUCCAAGCAGCCGACAAGCACGCAUCUCCAGCGGCCGCGUCUCGAGCGGCUCGCAGCGGCCGGAGCGCUGGUGCGGCUGCUACAUCCCCACCACGGCAUACGACGCCGGCGGGCGCGGCAGUCCGAGCGUCGAGAGUGUGCUGGCCAAGCUGUCCCUGCCGCCGCUCGGCCGACAGAUCGGCGGCCUCGCGACGGACGACGUCGUCAAGGAGGCCAUCCAGGCGGCGCUGAGACCCACGCGGCGAGCGCUGCCGGGCCUGCCUGCCGCCGCCGCCGUGGCCGAGAUGGCGAGCGAUGCGCUCUGCUCGCUGCAUCGCCGCCCGCCACACGCGCCAGCGUACGUCGCCGUGCCGUCGCUGGAGGACGCGGAGCGGCAGCAGCACGCGGCUGCCGCCACGCAGGCCUAAGGGAGGGGAUGCGCUGUCUCGCCGUGGCUUGCCCGUAUACCCUGCUUUCACCUCGGCCGUGCAUCGGCCACCCUGGUCUGCAAUCUGUAUUUGUUCCGUGCA